AUGGCGCAAGACAACACUUCCUGGUUGCUCCUUAUCUUACCCAUCUUCCUCAUUCUACUAUUCAAAUGGUAUUCCAAGUCUGCAAUCAGCAAAAGCUCACUCCCUUCUCCACCAAAAUUGCCAGUGAUAGGAAAUCUCCAUCAAUUAGGUUUGUACCCUCAUCGUACCCUCCAUUCUCUGGCUCAGAAGUAUGGCCCCUUGAUGCUUCUUCAUCUUGGGAGAAAACCAGUACUUGCAGUCUCUUCUGCAGAAGCUGCUCGCGAGGUGAUGAAAACCCAUGAUCUAGUAUUUUCAAACAGGCCUAAGCUUAAAAUGUUUGAUAUGCUAUUAUAUGGCAAGGACGUUGCAUCAGCUCCAUGUGGAGAAUACUGGAGGCAGUUAAGAAGCAUCUGCGUGUUGCAUCUUCUGAGUAACAAAAUGGUUCAAUCCCUUCGCGGUGUGAGAGAGGAAGAAACUUCCAUAAUGAUGGAAAAGAUCAAGCACGCUUGUUCUGCUAACAGAUCAGUGAACUUGAGCGAGUUAUUUUCAUCGAUUGCGAACGAUGUGGUUUGCAGCAGGGUGGCUUUGGGCAGGAAAUAUGGCGAGGGAAGUGGGAGAAAAUUUACGGAGUUACGAGACAACUUUGGAGAGCUAAUGGGUUCUUCUGUGAUAGGGGACUAUAUACCUUGGCUUGAUUGGCUUGGUCAUGUGAAUGGCUUUUACGCUAGAGCACAUGCAGUGGCUGAAGAGUUUGAUCGAUUUCUGGAGGCAGUAGUUGAGGGGCACAUGAAUCGUCCAAAAGAAGCCUAUGAUUCUACUGAAGGCGAUGAUGAUUUUGUGGACCUUUUGCUUUCGCUUCAAAGGACAAACUCCGUUGGCUUUCCCAUUGACAGAUCUGCCAUGAAGGCUGUGAUCUUGGAUAUGUUUGCUGCAGGUACAGAUACCACACACACAGUCUUAGGAUGGACAAUGACAGAAUUGUUAAAACAUCCAAAUGCUAUGAAGAAACUACAAGACGAGGUUAAAAAUGUGAAGAGAGACAGAUCACACAUAAUAACAGAGGAGGAUACAGAUCACAUGCCCUACCUAAAGGCAGUGUUGAAAGAAACACUUCGCUUACACCCUCCAGUUCCUUUACUAAUGCCUCGAGAAAGCAUGCAAGAAAUAAAACUACUUGGCCAUCACAUUGAUACUAAGACUCAAGUAGCUGUGAAUGCUUGGGCAGCAGCAAGAGAUCCUGUGCAUUGGAACACUCCUCAACAAUUCAAGCCAGAGAGGUUCUUGAACAGUUCAAUAGAUUAUAAAGGACUUGAUUUUCAAUUGAUCCCAUUUGGAGCAGGAAGAAGGGGGUGUCCUGGAACACAACUUGCAAUGGCGUUGAACGAGCUCGUGAUAGCAAACGUUGUGUUCCAUUUUGAUUGGUCUUUGCCAAACGGAGAACAAGGGAAGGACUUGGACAUGUCUGAAACAGCUGGGCUCACUGUGCAUAAAAGGGUACCUCUUCAGGUAGUUGCGUUGCCACGUAACAAGUGACCAACAUGUCAGGACCAACAUUUAAUACUUUAAUGAAUGUGUGUAGGCUUAUCUAUAUCUGAUAGUAGAA